CGCGAGAGAGGAGCCCAGCGCACGGGCGAUUAUUAGCUGUGCGGCCCGUGCAGGUCGCGCGUGGGGGUGGCCGGUGGGGACUGACUGUGGUCUUGGUUUGGAGUUUUGGACUCUCCUACCCCUGUGAGGUACAAAUACGCUCCGCGCCUUUGUACGAGGAGCGGUGUCUCCUGGGGCAAGGAAGGAGCCAGGAUGGCCUGGGCUCUGAAGCUGCCUCUGGCCGAUGAAGUGAUUGAAUCCGGGCUGGUGCAGGACUUUGAUGCCAGCCUGUCCGGGAUCGGCCAGGAGCUGGGUGCUGGUGCCUAUAGCAUGAGUGAUGUCCUUGCGUUGCCCAUUUUUAAGCAAGAAGAGUCAAGUCUGCCUCCUGAUAACGAGAAUGAAAUCCUGCCUUUCCAGUACGUGCUUUGCGCUGCCACCUCUCCAGCCGUGAAGCUCCACGAUGAGACCCUGACAUACCUCAAUCAAGGACAGUCUUACGAAAUCCGAAUGCUAGAUAAUAGGAAGCUUGGAGAACUUCCAGAGAUUAAUGGCAAAUUGGUGAAGAGUAUAUUCCGUGUAGUAUUCCAUGACAGAAGGCUGCAGUACACUGAACAUCAGCAGCUGGAGGGCUGGAGGUGGAACCGACCUGGAGAUAGAAUCCUUGACAUAGAUAUCCCAAUGUCUGUGGGUAUCAUCGAUCCUCGGGCUAACCCAACUCAGCUCAAUACAGUGGAGUUCCUGUGGGACCCUGCCAAGAGGACGUCUGUGUUUAUUCAGGUUCACUGCAUUAGCACAGAGUUUACUAUGAGGAAACACGGUGGAGAAAAGGGGGUGCCGUUCCGAGUACAAAUCGAUACCUUCAAGGAAAACGAAAACGGGGACUAUACCGAGCACUUACACUCAGCCAGCUGCCAGAUCAAAGUCUUCAAGCCCAAAGGUGCAGACAGAAAGCAAAAAACAGAUAGAGAGAAAAUGGAAAAACGAACGCCUCAUGAAAAGGAGAAAUACCAACCUUCCUAUGAGACAACCAUACUCACAGAGUGUUCUCCAUGGCCUGAGAUCACGUAUGUCAAUUCCCCAUCACCGGGUUUCAACAGUUCCCAUAGCAGUUUUUCUCUUGGGGAAGGGAAUGGUUCGCCUAACCACCAGCCAGAGCCACCCCCUCCAGUCACCGACAACCUCUUGCCAACAACCACACCUCAGGAAGCUCAGCAGUGGUUGCAUCGAAACCGUUUUUCUACAUUCACAAGGCUUUUCACCAACUUCUCAGGGGCAGACUUACUGAAACUCACUAGAGAUGAUGUGAUCCAAAUCUGUGGUCCUGCAGAUGGAAUCAGGCUUUUUAAUGCAUUAAAAGGCCGGAUGGUGCGCCCAAGGCUAACCAUUUACGUCUGUCAGGAAUCGGUGCAGUUGAGGGAGCAGCAGCAGCAGCAGCCACAACAGAAGCAUGAGGAUGGAGACUCAAAUGGUACUUUCUUCGUGUACCAUGCCAUCUAUCUGGAAGAACUGACAGCUGUUGAGUUGACAGAAAAAAUUGCUCAGCUUUUCAGCAUUUCUCCUCGACAGAUCAGCCAGAUUUACAAGCAGGGCCCGACAGGGAUCCAUGUACUCAUCAGUGAUGAGAUGAUACAGAACUUUCAGGAAGAAGCCUGCUUUAUUCUGGACACGAUGAAAGCAGAAACCAAUGACAGCUAUCAUGUUAUACUGAAGUAGGAGCGGGGCAUCUCACUCUCGAUGGCUGCUGCUUCCUUCGCCUCUUGAAAACUGCCCCCUUGAAGGGACAUGAGUGGAGAGUUGGUUUGAAGGUCUGCAGGAACCUGCCUCAUCUGACUGUGUGGGGGAUUUAGCCCUGGAUGCAGAAUCCCAGCCCUGUGUGUUGUUGCCCCAAGCUCUUCUUAGCACACAGAUUACUGCCCUGUGUGGAAUUCUGAGGUUAUCUUUUAGUUGAAAUUCUGGCCCUGUUGUCCAAUAUCGAUAGGUACUCCACGUCAUUUAGGAUUAUGUAGGCGAUAAUGAUGAUGGGAAUUGUGUGAUGUUUAAUAGAAAGAUGUUAAGUUUUGUGAUAUGGAGCCAUAUAAUUUUUUCUAAUAUAAAAAUGAACAUCUAUAUUCAUAA